AACAAGAACAAGAAGAAACGAAGGAACCCGACCCAUCCACUACGGAACAAAAAUAAUUGGAACAUCUCAAUUCUGAAGUAACCACUGCACCGCUGCGGUUGCGUCUGUCACCGCCUGUCUCCAAUCGUACCGCGGCCCACGGUCACCCCUCUCUCCACCGAAUUCCCUUGGAUCGAACAUGCAGGAGCAGGACAAGGACCUCAAUGGCCAUUGAUUCCCACCAUCUCCCACAGCCAUCUGGAACUCGACGUGGUCUUGUGUAAUUCCAGCCAUUCUGCUUCUGCAUCAUGCUUGACGAAGCCAAAUUCUCACACCGCACCAGUCCAACUCUGUUUGGCCAUCUCUCAUAACUUAGAACAAAAUUGCUCCUCAGGGUGGCGUGUAUACUACUUCAAUUGGGUGCCUUUCGUUUUUGGUCAUCUUAAUUGUCACGUUAUGUGGUUGUGUGUUUCUGGGAUCUUGAAGGAUUUCAACUGGGAUUCGGGUCAUAGUUGACGAAUUUCUUGCCAGAAGAAAACUUGCUCAAUUCUCUGAGCUAACCUGUCCGCUAAUUGCUUCGGAACCUCUUUCAUAGUGAUAGGUUCCGAGGCAAAAAUUAUUCUAUCAGACGCCGGAAUGGAUGCAAAUAGUACGGAAGAUAUCGGUGGCGGUGACAUGUUGACUUCGUCGGCUAUAGGUUCUUCUGAAGUUCCAGAAGCGUCACCCGAUUCACUAAAAAACACGCCAUCUAACAUUGCAAAAUUGGAGGAUGUCAUCGAGCACUGCGAAGGUAGGCAGAAGUACCUUGCACAUACCAGGAGUCCUUCCGAUGGCGGUGAUGUCCGCUGGUAUUUCUGUAAAGUACCUUUGCUUGGGACUGAGCUAGCUGCAUCAGUUCCUAAGACUGAAAUAGUAGGAAAGGGUGACUAUUUUCGAUUUGGCAUGAGGGAUUCUCUUGCAAUAGAGGCAUCUUUCUUGAAGAGAGAGGAAGAGCUACUUUCUAUUUGGUGGAAAGAGUAUGCAGAAUGUAGUGAAGGGCCAAAGGAAAGAUCUGGUUCCAGUCAGAGGCUUGAUAAACAAAGACAUGAAUCUGCUUCAGAGGUUGCUAAAUUAGUCAAGUUGUAUGAUAUUGAAGAAGAGCGAGUUGGUGUCCCUGUCAAGGGAGGACUAUAUGAGGUUGAUUUAGUGAAGAGACAUUGUUUUCCUGUUUAUUGGAAUGCAGAAAAUCGUCGGGUGAUGAGAGGUCAUUGGUUUGCACGUAAAGGAGGACUUGAUUGGCUUCCAAUUCGAGAGGAUGUUGCCGAACAGUUAGAAAUUGCGUAUCGCAGUCGGGUGUGGCGCCGGAGAGCAUUUCAGCCAUCUGGACUUUUUGCAUCACGAGUUGAUUUACAGGGAUCUACCCCAGGACUUCAUGCUCUUUUCACUGGGGAAGAUAAUACGUGGGAGGCUUGGCUGAAUGUGGAUGCUUCUGGUUUUUCUAGCGUUAUUGCUUUGGGUGGCAAUGGAAUUAAGUUAAGGCGUGGCUAUUCCCCAUCUAACUCUCCUAAACCUACUCAGGAUGAUUUACGUCAGCAGAAGGAAGAAGAAAUGGAUGAUUACUGUUCACAGGUUCCUGUUCGGCACCUCGUGUUUAUGGUUCAUGGAAUUGGUCAAAGGUUGGAGAAAUCUAAUCUUGUUGACGAUGUUGGGAAUUUUCGGCAUAUUACAUCUAGUCUUGGAGAGCGACACCUGACUUUACACCAACGUAGCACUCAAAGAGUCCUCUUUAUCCCAUGCCAGUGGAGGAAGGGUCUGAAGCUUAGUGGCGAAGCAGCUGUUGAAAAAAUUACUUUAGAUGGAGUGAAGGGUUUGCGUGUCAUGUUGGGUGCAACUGCUCAUGAUGUUUUAUAUUACAUGAGCCCCAUAUAUUGUCAAGACAUCAUCAACUCGGUAUCUAACCAAUUAAACCGUCUUUAUAUGAAAUUUCUUAGAAGGAAUCCAGGAUAUGAUGGCAAGGUUUCCAUAUAUGGACAUUCUUUAGGGAGUGUCCUUUCAUAUGAUAUCCUAUGCCACCAGGAGAAUCUCUCAUCCCCUUUUCCGAUGGAUUGGAUGUAUGCGGAACCUACUAGAAGUGAAGGGUUCUCAGGGGUGGACAAUAAAUCCUCUACACGCAACUCUUCUUGCAGUACAGAGGAUAAAAGUUCUACUGCAGCUUAUGGAACUGCAGACAUUGUCCACUUUACUAAAGAAGAUGAGAGAAAUGUGCAUGAAAUGCAUCUGCAUUUGGAAGAUCCUUCAAUUUUCCUGGAUCCUGUGACGUCAAAUUCAGCUGAACUCAUAACUACACAUGAAAAUACUAGUGGGGGAACUGAGUAUGAUUCCAGCAAAAGGCUUCCUCACACAAGUGAUGGGCUGGAGGAGUUUAAAAACUGGAACUGCGAGUUAGAGGUCCCCAGUGUAAAUAAAGUUGCUGAGCUACAAUUUGAGGAUUCAAUAGAUAAAGAUGAAGCAAUCAAAUCCCUGCAAGAAGAGGUUGAUUAUCUUAAAAAGAAAUUGGCAGAACUUGAGUUGACGUCUGCUAGUAGGAAUGGAGAAUUGAAUCAAGGAAAUAAGAAAAGUUCAAUAGGUAUGCCUAAGGAGCCCAUAUCAGAAGAGCUACCUCCUGAGCAAGACGAUGAAUCAAAGAGUUUUACUCCUCAUAUAAAGUACAAGAAGCUUGCAUUCCAGGUUGAUACAUUUUUUGCUGUUGGAUCUCCUCUUGGGGUGUUCCUUGCACUUCGCAACAUUCGUAUUGGAAUUGGAAAAGGGAAAGAAUAUUGGGAUGAAGAAAUUGUAAAUGAAGAGAUGCCAUCUUGUCGACAAAUGUUUAACAUUUUUCACCCAUUUGAUCCUGUAGCAUACAGAAUAGAGCCACUUGUUUGCAAGGAGUACAUGCUCAAGCGACCUGUUAUUAUACCAUUCCACAGAGGUGGAAGGAGGUUGCAUAUUGGAUUUCGUGAAUUUACUGAUAAUUUGGCACUUCGUUCUCAGGCAAUGAAGGACAAUCUACACACUCUGGGGGUUAAAGUACUCACAGUUUGCCAAUCUAGAAAAGCAGAUGUUCUAGAAGAAGGAGCUGAUGAUUUGCAAGAAGGAGAACUGAAGUCUUAUGGUGUUGCAAUGAUGGAGAGAUUGACAAGAAGUGAAGAAGGUCGGAUUGAUCACAUGCUUCAAGAUAAAACAUUUGAGCACCCGUAUCUGCAAGCCAUUAAGUCCCAUACAAACUACUGGAGGGAUCAUGACACUGCCCUUUUCAUAUUGAAACACUUGUAUCGAGAUAUACCUGAAGAUCCCGAUACACCUCCAGAAUAUACUGAACCCGAUUCAAAAGAUUGCUGGUACAGUCAAAGAGAGAGUAUUGAAGAGGAGCUUACUUUAACAUUUUCCGAUGAGACUGUGGUACGAAGCUUCUCGAGAAAAGCAAAGAAAAUGAUGAAAAACCAAAGAUAGCCAUUCAAGUUCAACAAAAGGCAAUAGGAUCUCACUUAUGGCCGAGGCCUUAGUGAAGAUGGGGACGGCUGGGAUUGUUAUGUUACUGCGAAUGUGUGAAUUCCCACCUUCACAAAUGGGGAGAAAAGCAGUUGGCGGACUUGUGCUUAUUUAACAAAACAUUGUUUCUCCUUUCCUUCCAUGUACAUAGGAAAGGAAAACGAAAUGGCCAUGUAGCGAUUUCAGAUUAUAACAACGUUACUUGUAAAUUUUCUCUCUACCAGUUCUAGAAAGUAGGCAGAUGAAGAGGUUACUAAUUUGUAAAGCCUCGUAGUAAUUGGUCAUGUUGGAAAAAUAAACAACGUUUCAGAUAUAUGCUAAAAGGUGUGCACAAAAGAAAAAAAUGGGAAGACUUAUUUGAGUU